ACAGCUGAUAAUUCUCAUGCAGGAGCUACGAGGAAUGUCGCCCUCAUCUUUGGAUAUGUUCCCAACCAGACAGCUGCCGUCAUCGCAGCAGCGUUCUACUUCUCCUUCGGUGCAAUUCUUGCCUUUCACGUUUUAAGAUUCAAGAACUGGUGGGCGUUGGCUCUUCCUAUUGGAACACUCGGUUCGUCUGGAAUAGGAUUCAUAAUGCGUUACAUUCUGGCAGAACCCGCCCAUCAAACCUCCAAGACGAUAAUGAUUAUAGAGGAAAUCCUGACUUUAUGUUCUCCCGCUGGAUUUUUGGCUUUCAAUUAUAUCGUCUAUGGUCGACUAGUUCUCGUCUGCGUUGGUGCACGUCACUCGCUGAUUCGUCCGCAAUGGGUCUCGACUUUCUUUAUUCUGAGUGAUGUUUCAACCUUUGCUAUAGGGGCAGCGUUCGUCGUUCAACCAGAACAUCACGCUCUUGGAGAAAAAGUUGUCGAGGUUGGCGUCAUUCUGCAAUCCAUCUCAUUUUGGUUAUUCUCGGCUUCGCUGCUACUGACAUACAUUAGCGUGAGGAGAGAGGGACUGUCGGAUGGGACAGAAGUGUGGUGGAGGGCGUAUCAAUCCGUAGCGUUCUCAUCGGCAUUCAUAGUCGUUCGUUCCAUCUACCGUAUGAUCAGCUCCAUUGAAGGCAACACAAGCACUGUCGCAACCACCGAGAUAUAUCUUUACCUGCUGGACGUCCUUCCCUUAAUGAUUGCCAUUGGGAUAUACAUACCAUUCUGGCCUGGAAACUACAUUACUGGAGUGGAUUCCAUCGUCUCAGUAUCUAAUCCAGAAGAGCACAAAUUAUCUUCGAUUCGGACUGGCUCACGCGAGUUGCUUGCCGUUAAUGGCGAUAAUGGGGUUUUGAGAGGGUCUUAA